AAACGUUUCCAAAACACCAGACGCGCCGCCUCUUCAAGAAAACGCGUCCACUGCGCCACUUUCUUUGUUUGGUUUCCUCAUCAUUUUCCCAUUUCUAUUUAACGUUCUUUUUUUUUUUUUUUGUUUCUAUUUUGCCAAAAACGGUUUUCAAAUUUUUUUAAUAAUUGUUUAUUUUAGUGCUUUAUAUUCUACAAUACUUGAUUCGUUUCAAAUUUUCUAAUAUCCGUUGAUCUUUCUCCUCUUUUGGACGCACUUGCACGUCUAGGCUCGAUAUAGUCUUUUAUUUUUAGCAUUCCUCUGUUAUCUUCUCUGUCCCCGUGGCCGUUCUUGAAUAGGGAUUCAAGUGACCUUCGGUGGCUUUUGGGGAUCAAGGUGAGUUUUUUAGAUCUGGGUUUUUGGAUUCAUUUCCAAUUAUUAUUAUUAUUAGUUUUUAAUGUUGUUUCAGGCAUUCAGUGUAAAUUGUGAUUAUGGUUUCCUUUCUCUAGCUAAUUGGUCUAAAUUAUUGAAAAAAGUUGGUUUUUUUAUGCAAAUGCAUGCUUUCACCACUAUCAUUCUGACAAACUAUGUGAAAUUCAUGAAUUUGAUGUGACAUUCUGAUCUGGUUUUGCAAAAUUCAAGUUAGAUUUGAUGUGAACCUGUUUUUUUUUUUUUUUAAAUAAAAGGGAUUUUAUGGUGACAGAAAUGAAGAAAAGGAGUAAAAUCAUCAUUUUCCUUCUACUAUGCAUGUGCUUUAUCCUUUUGAAUUUAGGUUUUUAAUCUUUUUAGGGUCUAGAUUGCCACAAAGUUUACCUCUUAAAAGGCAAUGUAGAAAUUUCUGGUUCAAGUUUACCUUCGAAAAGUCUGAUGUUUUGCCGGCUUUGCUCAUUUGUUGGUUUUGAAUUGUCUUGUAUUCUGACUCUUUUUUGCAGUUGAUCUAAUACAAUUAGUUCAACCUUUUACAGGGAAGAGAAGGCUGAGUCAAAACCAGAACAACCUUUGAUCCCAUCAUCAUCUCGGAACCUACCUGAUUUUAAGAAAUCCAUUAAGCUAAAAUAUGUGAACCUUGGAUACCAUUACCUAAUCACUCAUGGAAUGUACCUCUUCCUUUCCCCUCUUGUAGUUGUAAUUGCUGUGCAGCUCUCAACAUUUUCCAUCCAGGAUCUUUAUGAUCUUUGGGAACAUCUUCAAUACAACCUCAUUUCUGUUAUCAUCUGCUCAACCCUUCUUGUUUUCUUGUCAACUCUUUACUUUCUAACCCGCCCUCGUCCUGUUUGCCUUGUCAAUUUUUCCUGCUACAAACCAGAAGAAUCUCGGAAGUGCACGAAAAGGAUCUUCAUGGAUCAGUCUCAAAUGACUGGUUCAUUCACAGAGGAGAAUCUUCAGUUUCAGCGUAAGAUUCUUGAAAGGUCGGGCCUUGGGGAUUCAACAUAUCUUCCAGAGGCAACCCUUAAUAUACCGCCUAACCCAUCAAUGCAAGAAGCUAGAAAAGAAGCAGAGGCUGUUAUGUUUGGUGCUAUUGACGAGCUUUUGGCUAAGACCUCUGUAAAACCCAAAGACAUUGGAAUUUUGAUUGUGAACUGCAGCUUGUUUAAUCCAACACCAUCACUGUCUGCCAUGGUUAUCAACCAUUAAAAGCUUCGAGGGAAUAUCCAAAGCUACAAUUUGGGAGGAAUGGGCUGUAGUGCAGGGUUGAUUUCAAUAGAUCUUGCUAAAAAUCUUCUUCAAGUCAAUCCCAACUCCUAUGUACUGGUUAUCAGCAUGGAGAACAUCACUUUGAACUGGUACUUUGGAAAUGAUCGCUCAAAACUUGUUUCAAACUGCUUAUUCAGGAUGGGAGCUGCAAUACUGCUCUCAAACAAAAGCUCUGACAGAAGAAGAUCCAAAUACCAAUUGGUUCACACUGUUCGCACCCACAAGGGUGCAGAUGAUAAGUGCUUUGCCUGUGUUACCCAGGAAGAAGACUCCACUGGGAAGGUUGGUGUUACAUUGUCCAAGGAUCUCAUGGCAGUUGCUGGUGAUGCUUUAAAGACCAACAUCACCACAUUGGGGCCUCUGGUUCUUCCAAUGUCCGAGCAGCUGCUUUUCUUUGCUACAUUGGUUGGAAAGAAGCUUUUCAAAAUGAAGGUCAAGCCAUACAUUCCAGAUUUCAAGCUAGCUUUUGAGCAUUUCUGCAUUCAUGCUGGAGGAAGAGCUGUUUUGGAUGAACUGGAGAAGAAUUUGCAGCUGUCUGAGUGGCACACGGAACCAUCAAGAAUGACUCUUUACCGAUUUGGCAACACCUCUAGCAGUUCUCUUUGGUAUGAGUUGGCUUAUUCAGAAGCUAAGGGUAGGAUUAGAAAGGGGGACAGAACAUGGCAAAUUGCAUUUGGUUCAGGAUUCAAGUGUAACAGUGCUGUGUGGAAAGCUUUGAGGACAGUAAAUCCAGCAAAGGAGAAAAACCCAUGGAUGGAUGAGAUCCAUAACUUCCCAGUUGAUGUUCCAAGGGUCUCCACCAUCUAAAUUCCAGAAUGACUUCUGGGAUCGUGGUGAAACUUUCAUGCAAUGCUAUCUCACUUUAGAUAUGCAUCCCUACUUUUGCAUAUUAGGAUGAGUGAUAGACCCGUCAUUGCAAUGAGGACAUCUUGCAUUUUGUUAUCUAGUUUUAUGUUAUUUCAUAGGUGCUGCUUGAGCGAGGUUAUUCAUGGUGUAACAAAUUUGGGGAACGCAUUGGUUCACGGGUGGUAUAGGAAUAUUAGAGCAUUUUUUACUCAGAUCACUGCAUGAGAGGCUUGGCUAUGUUUCAAGAUCUCAUAACAUGAUUCAGAGAUUUGAAUUGGGAUUGCAAGUUGUAACUAAUUUAACUUAUCACUGGCAUUGUAGAAUGCUUCUGAUCUUUAUGGUUUUUACCACCAUCAA